AGUAAUAUGUAUUUGUUCCAAUUCAAUAUUUUUAGAGUGAAAGGGAAAAAGAGGUUGCGGGUGUGGCAACUGACAAGCACGUGCGGCAAACGGUCAAGGGCAUUUUGGGGAAAACCGCCAAAGCGAAGGCGCGAAAAGAAUGGAUCACAACACUCGAACUAUGGCCUCAUUCUUCUUCUUCCUAUUUCCUUCUCUCAUCGAUUUUCUUCCUUCCUCCAUAUCAAUCCUUUCUCAUUUUCGUUUGCGUUCAAUUCGAUUAGAUCAGGAGGAAUCACUGUUCGCUUCUUUCGCUCAAUUCGGAUAUGUCGUGGCUUCGAUCGGCGGUGUACAAAGCGGUGGAAGUCAGCGGAACAUCCAACCUCAGCCUCAGCCGCGCGGUACGAACCUAUGCCGACACAGUCGUCAAUCAAGCCGGACAAGCCGUAGUAGGCGGCUCCAGGCUGUUGCCAGAUCGCAUUGGAGCUCGAAAUUUCCAAAGUUAUAAGCAUGCAGUAAAACGUUUAGAAGAAGUCUCUGUUACAUGUAGGGGAAUAGAAAGAGUUCAGGUACUGAGAAGAUGGCUAGUUGCCUUGAAAGAGAUAAAGAGACAAAAUGAAGCUCUCAACCUUGUCAAGUCUGGUUCAUUGAAAGAUCCUCCUGCAAGGCCAACCACGGUUAUGUAUUAUGAUCAUGACCAUGGUGGAGAACCGAUGAACUUCCAGGAUGUGUUCCUUAGAAGUCAAGCACUUGAGGGCAUUACACUGUCUUUGAUUCUUGAAGAACCCAAUGACGAGGAACUUUCUUUGCUCCUAGAGAUAUAUCGGCUUUGCCUAAAUGGUGGAGAUGAAGCUCAUGAUGUGACAUUAAGCUGUGUAAAAGAUUUGGCGAGAGCAUUCUCAACCUACAGCGAGGAAGUGCUGGUAAAGAGGGAAGAACUGCUGCAGUAUGUGCAAGAUGCCAUAGCAGGCCUUAAAGUUAAUUCUGAGAUAGUAAGAAUAGAUUCUGAAGUCUCAAACAUACAUAAAAAACUAUGUGACUUUAAAAACCAGCUCUGUAUAAAUGAAAGGAAGAAAUCACCCGAAAGUGCAUCAGACAUGCAAACAAAGUAUCUGGAGGAAGACCUUGAAAAUAUUCUACUUUAUUCCCGAUUAGGAGAGCUUCUGUUGCAGAAAAAAUUCAUGAAGACUGGAGAUUCGCCGACAGCCCAUAAACAAAAGGUGGAUAAGCUAAUAAUAUUAUCAGAAUCUCUUGCAGGCUCAGCCUCAAAAGCUGAAAAGCGCAUUUUUGACAAUAGGAUCCAGAAAGAAGAAGCCCUUAAAUUUCGUGUGGCCAAAACUGGUGAAGUGAAUCAACUCGAAAAGGAAUUGGCUGCUGAAAUCAAAGCUCUCGAAUGUAGAAAAGACGAGCUUGAAGAAGAGCUAAGAAAGGUUAACAAUUCCUUGACUUCUGCACGUGCCCGUCUUCGCAAUGCCAGGGAAGAAAGAGAUCAGUUUGAUGAAGCCAGUAAUCAGAUUAUUCAACAUUUUAAGGUUAAGGAAGAUGAGCUCUCGAAAUCGAUUGCCUCAUAUCGAGCAGAAGCCAAAGUCUGCAACACAUUUAUCAGUUUUCUCAAAAGCACAUGGGCUUUCCAGUCAUACUGUGCUCAACAAAAAGACAAGAUUGUUAGUGAUGAGCUGGAGAAACACAAGGAAUACUUGAUGGAUGUGGCUAUGAACCUUUUAACUGCUUACAAGGAAGACCUCGAGCCUUGCAUUUCUUCAGUUCAGGAACUUGUGCAGAAUUUAAAAAGGUUAGACAAAUCAUCCGAUGCAGAGGAAACUGAGGCUGCGGCUAAUCCAAGACGAAACCUUGAAAAACAGUAUCAGAUCAGAUCAGCCAAGAUCAUAACUGCAUUUAGCAUUGUGGAAAGCAUCAAGAAACAGCUUUACAUGCUCGAAGACACGAAUUCAAGGGAAAAUGGCAACAAAAUACACGAACUACUCGACACACUUGAAGAGAUGAAAGUCGAAUUCGAAUCCAUCGAGAAGCCUAGUUUCAAAAUCGAGGAUCCAAAUAUAGAAGACCAUACACCACCAAAGGAAAGGGCCCCAAAAAUCCGGUUCCUAUCACAGAAACAGCGUUCGCCAAAGAAACUAGAGGCCAAUGCUGAAUCAACCUCAGGUUAUGAGACACAAAGGGGGAUUAAUCCAUUGGCUUUUGCUCCAUUUUCUCUACCUUUGUCUCGGAUGCAGACUUCGGCGUUACCAAGAAACAACGAUCACUUGGAACAUCUGGAGCCUAUUGGGGUCGAAAUCGGGAAGAUGAAGUCGAAUGCAGAGGCACUGUUGUCCAAGUUGAAGCUAGAGUUGGAACUUGAGAAUCACAUUAGAGGCAAUUCCAUGGAGGGCAUUAUUGACUGGGAAUUCGACGAGAUGAUUCCGAGAAAUAGUUUGUGA